AUGAAGCAACAAUCCAAUAAGAAGAAAAAGAAACGCCCCGCUCCACGUGCCCCCAAACCCACCUCACAUCACGGAGGUCAGAGUGAACAAUCGCAUCAGCAUCAGCACCAAUGUCAGGAGCAGAAGCAGGAAGGGAGCAAAUUAGCGGAGACGUUAAAGGAAGCUUUUGACUCGAUCUCUGUAGCAGAAGCGGAAGAUGCGUUUACGGAAGCGAAGGGAGAUUCUAACAAAGCGGCGGAGGUUUUAGCGAAUUUGAUGGAAAAUAGCGAGGAUCCAUCGACAAGUUCCGUUUCGAGUGGGUUAUCGGGUUCUGGUUUGUGUUCGAGCUCGAAUAGUAGUACGGGUUCAAGCUCGGUUUCAACUGAUGAAUUUUUGGAAGGAAAUUUGGUGAAGGGGAAAGGGUUUCGAGGAGGGAAUAAGCAGAAGAGAGUUAUGGCCGUUACGGGCACCGUCUCGUCUGUUUUAGGUAAGGAGUAUGUGAAGGCUAGCCCGAGGAGGGAUUCUACGAAAGCAAAAGACUUUGGGAAUGGUUUUGUGGUGAAAGAAGAGGCGGAACAGUUUUUGUGUUCGAUGCUUGGUGAUGAUUGUGAGCUUAGCAUGGGAGUUGUUAGAGAUGCGUUGGAUGCAUUGCUUGAUUUAUCUGCUUCCUCCCAUGAACAAUCAAGUAGUGGUAGAUAUGUUAAAGAUUCUGUAAACUAUAAAGAAGAUGCCAGAUUUCUUGCUGAGCGCAGUGAUAAUGAAAGAGUUCUAGUUGCAUCGUUUCAGCAUUCUAGCCAGCCUGUGGUAUUUAGAAAAGAGUGGACUGUUCGGGCUUCUGACUGUACUUCCCAUUCUUCUGAAAGUGAACUUCACGAUACUAUAUGGGGCUGUGAUUACAGAUCGGUUCUUGGGGUGCCCACUUCAGGGGCCUCUUCAGAGGAUUUUUUUGAUACUCAAAAGGAUUGGAGGAAUUAUUAUCAGGCCCUUACUAGUUUUGAAGCUCCAUCUUCAACGACCUCAAGAAGUAAUCAGUCAAGUCUCCCUCAAAAGGUAUUGGAAUAUUUGUUUAACAUUCCCAAGAGUUCUGAAUAUGAACCUAGCACGAUGAAUUGGAGGAAUGUAGUAAAGAAAAUGCAAUCACUGGGGCCUGGUGUUGAUGUCUCUCCAUCUAUUGAUGCACUAUCUCAGCAGAAUAACUAUGCCAAGGGUGAAGAAUAUCGUCUGCUUAGAGAAUCUGCAAAGCAACAGUGGGAUUCAAGGAACUCAUACUAUCAAAAAGCUGCAGCAGCAUAUUCAAAGGGACAACGGGAGCAUGCCGCUUACCUUUCAGACCAGGGGAGGAUACAAACUAAGUUGGCGCAAGAGGCAGAUGAAAAGGCAAGCCAGGAUAUCUUUAAAGCUAGGUCUGUGCAUGAGAUGAUUUGUUAUAUUCCCAACUCUUGA